AAAAAAAAGAAAACUUGCAAAGAAAUGACAGUUGCCAUCCUUGAACGUGCCAACACCGACAGCGACACAUGAACGAGGACUGGAACUCUCACUGCUCACACGACUCAUGAACUAGUUCCAUGAGAUCCAUGUCUCAGGAUUCUCCAUCCCUUUAUGUAGCUAGCUAGCUCUUGACAAUGGCUGGAAUAAAGAAAUCCCUCCUCAAGAGAUGGCGCUCGUGGAUCUUGCUCAACAAUUCCUGGACAAGCCGGUGGUGGUAUUCCGCGGUUCACAUCACCACAGUGACGGUGGGAACCGGAGUUUUGGGCUUGCCGACAGUCAUGGCCUUCUUCGGAUGGGAACUCGGCACCAUCCUGAUUGUGGGCUUCAUGAUCCUGAGCCAGAUGUGCUACUGGCAGCUGAUUGGAUUGCACGAGACCCAAGAGGGCCGCCGCUUCGAUCGAUACCCUGAGCUGGGACAGCACCUCCUGGGCGACUCUCUGGGAUUCUGGCUCAUCGCUCCACUCCAGGCCAUCGCCCAAGUGGGAAUCGACACAGUCUACGUCGUCGCGGGAGCGAAUUCCCUCCAGCACAUCUACUCGCUCUUCCACGAAUGCAAUGCUUUGGAUUGCGGUGCCAUGAAGUUGACCUACUGGAUGCUCGUCUUCAUGGCCGUCCAGCUCUUGCUCUCGCAGCUCCCACACUUACAAUCAAUCACUUGGGUGUCAUUCAUAGCAGCAGUCACAGCCAUUGGGUACUGUACACUAACUUGGGUUUCCAUUCUAAUUAACCAUCCACCUUCACCUUCACCGUCACCACCUUCACCUUCAUCGUCUUCCGCGUGUUUCGCGAAUGUCGAGCAUGGCUACCCGCAAGGAUCCAAAGCUCACAUAACUUUCGGGAUCUUCACCUCUCUCGGUAAGCUGGCAUUUGCGAUGGCGGCCGCGCACAAUGUGGCUCUCGAGCUCCAGGCGACGAUUCCAAGCACUCGCAAUCGCCCCUCGAAACGAGCAAUGUGGAGAGGGAUGCUGAUCGCGUAUAUCGUGGUCGCGUUUUGCUACUUGCCGGUGGCGCUGGUGGGAUACCGGUUCUACGGCAACGAGACUCGCGAUACUUGCCCGGGGAUCGACAAUGUCCUGCUCAGGCUCAAGAGUCCCAAACCGAUGAUUGUUCUCACGAAUUUGAUGCUUUUCAUUCACUUGUGCGGUAGCUACCAGGUGCUAGCGAUGCCGAUUUUCAGCAACUUUGAAACAUUUUUGGAGAGGAAGUACGAGCUUGAGCUGAGCUUCAUGCUGCGAACGAUCGGCAGAUAUAGUUAUGUUGGUAAGACUUUGAUGAUGAUGAAUCUCUUCGAUGAAUUUUUUUUACCUUUGAGCGCAGUUCUGACGUUGAUGCUGGCCGCAGCGUUUCCUUUCUUUGGUGAUCUUGAAGCCUUCUUUGGAGGUUUUGCUUUAAUUCCAACGACUUACGUGAUACCUUCUGUUCUCUGGCAUUUGAGUAGGAAGCCCGAGCCAUUUAGUCCGCCAUGGAUAGCAAACCUGUUGUGUAUUUCCUUUGGAAUAGCGGUGAUGGCUACUUCGACGAUAGGUGGCCUUCGUAACUUGAUAAUGAAACGGCGGGAACUGGAAUUCUUUCAAUAAGUUGGGAGUCAUUUACUCUCCAUCCCUGUUAAACACAGCAUCAGAGUGGAAACAGAAAAGAAAAAUUCAAAUGUUA